AUGUCCGCCACCAAGGAGGAAGACCUGGCCCCAGGUGGCCAGGACAGCACGGUGGGUGCGGUGGGAGCUGGCAGCGGGGUGGUCAGCGACCCUGGGCCCGUCAAGGGCGUGGGGGUGCCUGCUGCCGGGGAGGCGGGGACGGGCGCCCCUCAAGCUGAGCAAGAGCAGGGCCUGCCAAGGGCCAGCACCCCUCGAGCCAAGCAGCAGCAGGGGGGCACCCCUCGGGCAGAGCAGGAGCAGGCCAGGCCAGAGGGGGCCCUCGCCGGGGCCCAGGCGGGCGCGAGCGCCGAGGAGGACUCGGACAUCGGGCCGGCAGACGAGGAUGAGGAGGGCCACGAGGGUGGCCAGGGCCAGAUGGUGGACGCGCACCAGUUCCCCAUGACGGGCUUCCGCGGGGUGUUCCUGGACCUGAUCUACUUGCUGCUGCGCCACAUCUCCUACAACGACCACGUCCUCAUCCGGUCCCGCGGCGGCGGGCGCGUGGUGCGCCACCGCCCUCCCCACCACUCCUGCCCGCUGCCCCCCGCGCUGCCACCGCCUGCCCACGGGGGCGCCAUGGCAGCCGGGGAGCCCCUGGACCAGGCUGCAGCCCCGGAGCCCACGGAGCCCCCGGACGAGGCCGCAGCCCCGGAACCUGGGGAGUCGGCAGACGAGGCUGCGGCUCCACAGGAAGCGACUCAGUAUCAGCAUGAAAACUCUGACGAAGGGGCCCAAAAAGCAGGAGGUGAGGAAGAGAAAGAAGCAGAGGAGGAAAAGGAGAACAAAAAUGAAGAACAAGAACCCAAAAAGGAUCUGGACCCAGCAGAAGGAAGGCCCGGCCAAUACAGCUUCCUCCACAGCCAGCCCAAUGCCCACUCCAUCUCCCAGCACAAAAAACAGGCUCCAGGUGCACACUUCUGUGCCAGAGGCUUCAUGAUGGCAGCAGUCCUCAUGUCGUGUUUCAGCCCCGCUGACAAGUGGAGGACGCAACUGGAGACGAGAUGA